CCCAGCACCAAGAAGGAGCCCUCCUCCUCCUCCGUCUCCAAGCCGCUGAAAUCGGCUCCGUCGUACGAAUCGGAAGAAGAAGAGAAAUGCAAACCGAUGUCGUACGAGGAGAAACGACAGCUGAGUCUGGACAUCAAUAAAUUACCGGGAGAGAAAUUGGGGAGGGUCGUUCACAUCAUCCAAUCCCGGGAGCCCUCGCUGAAAAACUCCAACCCCGACGAGAUCGAGAUCGACUUCGAGACGCUCAAACCGUCCACGCUGCGCGAGCUCGAGCGCUACGUCACCUCGUGUCUGCGGAAAAAGAGGAAACCGCCAGAAAAGCUGGAUGUCCUGGCGGGCUCCUCCAAGCUCAAGGGGCGAUUUGGGGUGGAUCAUUUGGGAUUUUUUUGCGAUUGAUUUCUGAUGGAUUUAUAAUUGAUUUAGGAUAAUUUGGGGAUAU